AUGAUACGACAUCAUGCGACUGAAGUCUUGAUUGAGUAUUUGUGGCAGGACAAGGAGAAAGACGAUCAGCAAAAGCAUGACAUGAACAAGGCGAUCCGGAACUUGCUUGGUGGUAGCUCGGGGAACAAGCUGGACUUCUCUAGUGCAAACUUUCAGUCCUUCGGUCCAUCUGCAGGGCCCAGUGUCGGUCCUGCGGGUCCUUCGACUGCGGGGCCCAGCGCGGGGCCCUCGGCCGGGCCUGCCGCCGGGCCAGCGGCUGGGCCAAGUGCGGCCGGGCCUGCAGUGCCUGCGGCGGAGGCAGGCCCUGCAAAGCCUGCAGCCCCACAAGGGCCUUCCAAGCCGAAGGUGCCUCAAGGCCCCUCUCGGCCGCCCAAGCCGGAGGCUGCAGAACUUCCGGAAAUGCCUGAGGCGUCUGAGCCCUCGAAGAGCAAGGAACCUGAGAAAAAGGUGCUGCUGGGACACAUGGAUAUCAUGAAGGACCAGAAGCGUGUAUCUUGGGAUGAGCUCAAGAACAAGCUGGCCGAAGCAAACUGGAAGGAGGCAGGCGUGCCGGGUUCCAGUGAAUUUGACACCUACGCUGCCAAGCUUGAAAAGACCCGAAACGAGCGACUUGCUCAGCAGGAGGACGACACAAAAAAAGCGCUGAAGGCGGUGGGCAAAGGCAAGAAGGAUAAGAAAAAGGACAAGAAGAAGGACAAAAAGUCCGGUAUCAAAAGGACAGCUGAUGGAGCUGUACUCGCGCACAGCAGUGGCGAGUCGGAGUCCGACCAGGAUGACGCGCUCCUGGCACGCUACAAGUCAUCCAAGUGA